AUGGACGUUGAAUCAUUUAUUUUGGACCAAGAAGAUCUUGAUAACCCAGUACUUAAAACCACGUCGGAGUUAUUCUUAUCGAGUGCUGCAGAAGGUGCGGACUUGAGAACUGUGGAUCCAGAAACACAAGCAAGACUAGAAGCCUUACUGGAGGCAGCAGGAAUUGGUAAAUUGUCCACUGCCGAUGGUAAAGCCUUCGCAGAUCCUGAGGUUCUCCGAAGACUGACGUCCUCUGUCAGCUGUGCACUGGAUGAAGCUGCUGCUGCAUUGACGCGGAUGAGAGCAGAGAACAAUCACAAUGCAGGACAAGUGGACAAUCGCAGUUUGGCAGAAGCAUGCUCAGAUGGGGAUGUAAAUGCUGUCCGGAAGCUGUUGGAUGAAGGAAGAAGCGUAGUGCUACUAGCAAUGCAUGCAAACGUUGAAGAUCGAGGGAAUAAAGGAGACAUAACUCCCUUAAUGGCAGCUGCCAGCGGAGGUUAUGUAGAUAUUGUUAAACUUCUCCUUGUUCAUUGUGCAGAUGUCAACGCACAGUCUUCAACAGGGAACACAGCUCUCACUUACGCUUGUGCUGGGGGCUUUGUUGACAUAGUGAAGGUGCUAUUGAAAGCUGGUGCUAAUAUAGAAGACCACAAUGAGAAUGGGCAUACGCCCUUAAUGGAAGCAGCCAGCGCAGGCCAUGUUGAGGUUGCAAGAGUAUUGCUGGAAUAUGGUGCAGGAAUCAACACUCACUCCAACGAGUUCAAAGAAAGUGCACUUACACUUGCAUGCUAUAAAGGCCAUUUAGAUAUGGUUCGUUUUUUGCUUGAAGCUGGAGCUGAUCAAGAACAUAAAACAGAUGAGAUGCACACAGCGCUAAUGGAGGCCUGCAUGGAUGGACAUGUGGAAGUGGCACGCUUGCUUUUAGACAGUGGUGCUCAAGUGAAUAUGCCUGCAGAUUCAUUUGAAUCUCCACUAACUCUGGCUGCUUGUGGUGGACAUGUGGAGUUAGCAGCUCUUCUGAUCGAAAGGGGAGCUAACCUGGAGGAAGUUAAUGAUGAAGGUUAUACUCCUCUAAUGGAAGCUGCCCGGGAAGGCCAUGAAGAGAUGGUAGCCUUGCUACUGGCACAAGGGGCAAAUAUAAAUGCACAGACAGAAGAAACGCAGGAAACAGCUCUUACUCUGGCAUGUUGUGGAGGGUUUUCUGAAGUAGCUGACUUCCUUAUUAAGGCAGGAGCUGAUAUAGAACUUGGUUGCUCAACACCUUUGAUGGAAGCUGCUCAAGAGGGUCAUCUUGAAUUGGUGAAAUACUUGCUGGCAGCAGGAGCUAAUGUUCAUGCCACCACAGCGACAGGAGAUACAGCUUUGACCUAUGCCUGUGAAAAUGGACAUACUGAUGUUGCAGAUGUGUUGCUUCAAGCUGGUGCUGAUUUGGAGCAUGAAUCUGAAGGUGGGAGAACCCCACUAAUGAAGGCUGCGCGAGCUGGUCAUUUAUGCACUGUGCAAUUCCUUAUUAGCAAAGGUGCCAAUGUUAACAGGGCUACAGCUAAUAAUGACCACACGGUGGUGUCACUGGCAUGUGCGGGAGGCCACCUGGCAGUUGUUGAGCUCCUUCUGGCUCACGGUGCAGAUCCUACUCAUCGGCUCAAGGAUGGCUCAACAAUGCUCAUUGAAGCCGCAAAAGGAGGACAUACAAAUGUUGUUUCUUACUUGCUGGAUUACCCAAACAAUGUUUUGUCGGUUCCUGCAGCAGACUUGUCUCAGCUCACACCUCCAUCUCAGGAUCAGUCUCAGGUUCCACGUGUACCGGUGCAUACACUUGCUAUGGUUGUACCUCCCCAGGAACCUGACAGAACCCCUCAAGAGAACUCACCACCUCUCUUGGGAGUGGUGAAAGGUGCAUCCAAGCAGAAGUCAAGUUCCCUGCAGGUAGCAGAUAAGGACCUACUGCCACCUUUUCACCCAUACCAGCCUUUGGAAUGCAUAGUAGAAGAGACUGAAGGCAAGCUGAAUGAACUUGGACAGAGAAUUAGUGCUAUUGAAAAAGCACAACUUAAAUCAUUGGAAUUAAUUCAAGGUGAACCUUUAAAUAAAGAUAAGAUUGAAGAACUUAAAAAGAACAGAGAAGAACAAGUACAGAAGAAGAAGAAAAUAUUGAAGGAGCUGCAGAAGGUGGAAAGGCAGUUGCAGAUGAAAACCCAACAGCAGUUUACCAAAGAAUAUUUGGAGACCAAAGGUCAGACAGACACACCACUUCCCCUGCAGCAGCAGUGCCCACUUACAGGGGUCUUCCCAGAAGUGGAAGCUGAUAAGGGUCUGCCAGAGGAUAACUUUUCAGGGUUACCUCAGGUUGACACAAUCUUGUCUAAAGAUGAUGAAUGUAAUUUUUCUGGUAAUUUAGGUUAUAAUGGGACAGAGUCUCUUGAACUUCAGAAAGCAUUAGGGAAUCAGCAGAAUGUAGGACAGCAGCAGCAAAUUGCUGGGCAGGGGCUCUUAGUUCAAGAACCAGACGGAUUAAUGGUUGCCACUCCAGCACAGACGCUUACCGACACUCUUGAUGACCUAAUAGCAGCUGUGAAUAGCAGAGUGCCCAGUGGCCCCACCAGCUCCUCGCACACUACGGAAUCCCCUACGCCUGAGCCUUGUUCACAGGCAUCGAGCAAUGUGCCCUCGCAGUCAGUGCUCCCUAUGUAUCCUUCAGUUGACAUCGAUGCACACACUGAAAGUAAUCAUGACACUGCUCUGACCCUUGCGUGUGCGGGAGGUCAUGAAGAACUUGUGUCUGUACUGAUAGCACGCGGUGCCAAUAUUGAACACAGAGACAAGAAGGGUUUUACGCCUUUGAUUCUGGCUGCAACUGCUGGACAUGUUGGUGUAGUGGAAAUUCUUCUAGACAAAGGUGGGGAUAUAGAAGCACAGUCUGAGCGCACAAAGGAUACUCCGCUUUCGUUGGCAUGCUCCGGUGGACGCCAAGAGGUUGUUGAUUUGCUGUUGGCCCGGGGAGCAAAUAAAGAACACAGGAAUGUGUCUGAUUAUACGCCGUUAAGCCUUGCUGCAUCUGGUGGCUAUGUUAAUAUCAUCAAGAUUCUUCUCAAUGCUGGGGCAGAAAUUAAUUCAAGGACCGGGAGUAAGCUAGGUAUUUCUCCUCUGAUGCUGGCUGCUAUGAAUGGCCACGUACCUGCCGUGAAACUGUUGCUUGAUAUGGGUUCUGAUAUUAAUGCCCAAAUCGAGACCAACCGGAAUACAGCCCUCACCCUGGCCUGUUUCCAAGGCCGAGCAGAGGUGGUCAGUCUGCUUUUGGACAGGAAGGCCAAUGUUGAGCACAGGGCAAAGACUGGUCUCACACCUCUGAUGGAAGCGGCUUCAGGAGGGUAUGCGGAGGUUGGAAGGGUUCUCCUUGAUAAAGGAGCGGAUGUUAAUGCUCCACCUGUGCCUUCCUCAAGAGAUACAGCUUUAACAAUUGCAGCAGAUAAGGGUCACUACAAGUUCUGUGAGCUCCUGAUUAAUCGAGGAGCACAUAUUGAUGUUCGUAACAAGAAAGGAAACACACCUCUGUGGUUGGCAGCUAAUGGUGGUCACUAUGAUGUGGUUCAGCUGCUUGUGCAAGCAGGAGCAGAUGUGGAUGCUGCAGAUAAUCGGAAAAUUACACCUCUUAUGUCAGCAUUUCGCAAGGGGCAUGUGAAAGUAGUUCAGUUCCUGGUGAAAGAAGUUAACCAGUUUCCUUCGGACAUUGAGUGCAUGCGAUAUAUAGCGACAAUAACUGACAAGGACCUGUUGAAAAAGUGUCACCAGUGUGUGGAGACGAUUGUGAAAGCUAAAGACCAGCAGGCUGCAGAAGCAAAUAAGAAUGCAACUAUAUUGCUGAAGGAGCUAGACCUGGAAAAAUCAAGAGAGGAGAGCAGAAAGCAAGCUCUUGCAGCUAAAAGGGAGAAAAGAAAGGAAAAGAGGAAGAAGAAGAAAGAGGAACAAAAAAGAAAACAAGAAGAAGAUGAAGAAAACAAGCCUAAAGAAACUCUGGAACUGCAAGAAGAUGAUGAUGAAGAAGAAAAUGAUGAUGAAGUGGAGCAAGAAGUUCCUAUAGAGCCUCCUAGUGCAACUACUACAACUACAAUUGGAAUUUCUGCGACUUCAACUACUUUCACAAAUGCCUUUGGGAAGAAGAGAGCUAAUGUGGUGACUACCCCCAGCACAAACAGAAAAAAUAAGAAAAACAAAACAAAAGAGACUCCUCAGAAUAUGCAGAUAAUUUUGCCAGAUCAGCAUAUAUCUCUAGCACAGCAAAAAGCAGAUAAAAAUAAAAUAAAUGGAGAGCCAAGAGGUGGUGGUGCAAGUGGGAACAGUGAUUCAGAUAACUUGGAUAGCACAGAUUGCAAUAGCGAAAGUAGCAGUGGAGGUAAAAGCCAAGAGUUGAACUUCACAAUGGAUACAAAUUCCUCUGAGCGGCGCUAUGCCUCAUUGCUUAUCCCCUCUCAGGAAGAAAAAACGAGCACCUCGGCUUCAAAAACACCAACGAGGAGGGAAGAAGUUGAUGACUCUGAGCAUUUCACCUGCCAGGUUGAUGGCCAGUUUGAUUUAACCUUGUCAAGCCAGAGACUUGAUGGUGAAGGUCACUCAAAUUCCUUGUCAACUACUUACAAGCCUGUUUCCCUGCCUCUGACCUCUCCAAAUGUGAAGUUGAAUCUGACUAGUCCAAAAAGAGGCCAGAAAAGAGAAGAAGGCUGGAAAGAAGUGGUUAGAAGGCAAGUAGGCAGAGUUUUGAAAGACCCUCCCCCUAGCAACACUCUGCAGCCAACACCAAUUGAGCAAUUUCAGCUGCAGAGAGGAGGGCGCUGCUGUUCCGGAGCAAAAAGGUCAAAGAAAUUAUCUGUCCCAGCUUCUGUCGUAUCUAGAAUAAUGGGAAGAGGUGGGUGCAACAUCACAGCAAUUCAAGAUGUCACUGGUGCCCAUAUUGACGUUGAUAAGCAAAAAGAUAAGAAUGGAGAGAGAAUGAUCACUAUAAGGGGUGGUACAGAGUCAACGCGAUACGCAGUGCAACUCAUCAAUGCCCUUAUUCAAGAUCCUGCCAAGGAACUGGAAGACUUGAUUCCGAAAACUCAUAUAAGAACGCCUGCUUCGAGUACCAAAUCAAUCCAUGCAAACUUUUCAUCCGGAGUCAGCACUGCGACUGCUUCAAACAAGAACUCCUUUCCUCUCGGAGCACCGCCCCUAGUCACAUCGCAGUCAUCAACACUAUCUACUUUCCAGCCUACUAACAAAUUAAACAAGAACGUCCCAGCGAAUGUGCGCUCAUCUUUUCCGGUGUCUCUUCCUCUAGCUUAUUCUCACCCUCAUUUUGCCUUGCUGGCUGCCCAAACUAUGCAACAGAUCCGGCACCCUCGCUUACCUAUGGCCCAAUUUGGAGGAACUUUUUCGCCUUCACCGAACACUUGGGGACCAUUCCCAGUGAGACCAGUUAACCCUGGCAGCACAAACAUUUCUCCAAAGCAUAAUAGUUCGAGUCUUCUGGUAGCUACUUCUAGUUGUCCCAUUACUGUCUCUUCUGUAGCUGCUUCCACCCAACCGCUGUGUGUAACCAGUAAUCGGACUCCCUCUUCGGUCAGAAAGCAGUUGUUUGCCUGUGUUCCCAAGACGAGUGCUGCAGCAACAGCAAUCUCAACUGUGACAAGCACCUGUAGCACUCUGCCUUCAGCUUCCUCUGCCCCCCCAAACAACGGGCAAGUGCCCACAGCGUUUCUGCCAUCUAAUGCUCCACAAACGCAGCAUUCUGCACUUAAAGCGGACUCUUUCUCGGCUGUCUCGGCACCCAAAGAGAAGGUGUCAACACCAGACCAGCCCGCUGCAAAUGCAUGCGCACCAUCUUCGGUUGCAAGUAGUUGCAGUAUGUCAGCUAGCAGCAACUCGGGAGUCGCUGAAACUCGCCCAUCGAGCAGCCCUGCACCGCUAAAUAAUGUCCAAGAUGAAAUACUGCCAACCAGCAUGUCAGAGAUCAAUCCUUCCAUGUCGAUGCCUUUUUCAUCCAGCUCGGAAACUGCUCCUUUAAGCUUAGCGUCACCCAGGUCAGUUGUUGCAGAUAAUCAGGACAACAGUAACUUACCUCAAGUAGCUGUACCAGCACCUCGAGUUACUCACAGGAUGCAGUCCAGAGGUUCUUUCUAUUCAGUGGUACCAAAUGCAAACCUCCAUCAAGAUCCUCAGUCUAUUUUUGUUACGAAUCAAGUUCCUUUAACACCUUCUCAAGGUCCACCUGCUGCAGUGCAGCUUUCGUCAGCCAUGAACGUUAUGAACGGUUCUCAGAUGCACAUUAACCCAGCAAACAAAUCAUUGCCUCCUACCUUUGGGCCAGCAACGCUCUUCAAUCACUUUAGUAGUCUUUUUGAUAGCAACCAGGUGCCAGCUAACCAAGGAUGGGGAGACUGUCCACUCUCUACCCGAGCAGCUGCUGACCCAUCUUUCACUGUUCAGUCUACCUUUCUGAAUAACUCUGUGCUAGGACACGUGGAAAAUGUGCAUCCUGACAACUCCAAGGCUCCUGGUUUCAGGCCACCUUCCCAACGGGUUUCGACUAGUCCUGUAGGCUUACCCUCUCUAGAUCCAUCCAACAGCUCUACAACUUCUUCUUCAGGUCCUUUGACAGGCUUUUCAGCAAACAUACAAGGAGCACGGGUUUACCUUCAAGGGCCAGCGCCUGUUGGGACUCCCAGCUUUAACAGACAGCAUUUUUCACCACAUCCUUGGACAAGCGCAACAAAUUCAUGUAGGAACUUCAUGGCAGGUGAAUCUCCUAUUCCAUCAGUUUCCUCAGGAUCAUCUUCGCCCCUUUCAGCUGCUUCUGCACCUUCUAACUUGGGCCAGCCAAAAACGGGUAACGCCAAUCAAGAUCGAAAGGUACCCCCUCCCAUCGGGACAGAAAGGCUUGCUAGAAUUCGACAGGGCGGAUCCGUCACUCCUACACCCUUAGGAACCAACUUCACGGCUCCUGUCGGUCACAGCGGUAUUUGGUCCUUCGGAGUUAACAGUGUAUCUGAAGGCUUGUCAGGUUGGUCUCAGCCUGUCAUGGGAAAUCAUCCGAUGCAUCAGCAGCUGUCGGACCCGGGCACGUUUUCUCAGCAUCAGCCAAUGGAGAGAGAUGAUUCUGGAAUAGUGGCUCCCUCGAAUAUUUUCCACCAACCUAUGCCAAAUAGUUUUGUGGAUUUUUCUAAAGGCCUACCGAUUUCCAUGUACGGUGGCACUCUAAUACCCUCGCACCCUCAGCUAGCGGAUGGCCCGGGAGGCCCCCUCUUUAACGGGCUCCAUACUCCAGAUCCCGCCUGGAAUCCCAUGAUCAAAGUUGUCCAGAACUCUACAGAAUGUACUGAUGCUCAGCAGAUUUGGCCUGGCACCUGGGCACCUCACAUUGGAAACAUGCAUCUCAAGUACCCGCAUCAUCUACGACCGCAAGUUCCUGCUGGAGUGCAAGAAUUCACCCGUGGCCAGGACCCCUCCCUGCUGCCUGCCCCAGAUCCCCGGUGUCACAUCCCUGGCCCAGUCCAGCCUCGUCAAGCUGGAGGAGCUCAAGGAGCGGAAUGAGAGCGAAGAAGCCAUGCCAGAUCAAGACCAGUUUGAGAUGGACAUCUGAGUUUCCAGCUCCCCGUCUCCAGGCCAUGGCUGGGCCUGUUCCUGGGCCUCGUGGAGGUGCUGGCACCGUGACCAGCUGGCUGCAGCCCUCUCUGAUGCUGGGGAUGGACGUGUGACACCUCAGGCUCUAGCACAACUGGCUGGUGCAAUUGCCUAGGAGCUCAUGCUUGAUCAAUAAACACCAUGAAACCCC